UUCCGUUGUUUCCGCCGCCCCGAACGAAACCCUCCUCCCAAGCCGAGCCCUGCGUCGUCCGCCCGCCAUGGCUCGUCGCGGUGAGAUUGGGCCGCCGCCGCCUGUCGCCUCCGGCUCUCGCCUGCGCCGGGUGUUGCUGGACCGCGUCGUCCACUGCACCAACGACGAGGCUGCCAGGGACGGCACGCUGUCGGAGACCUCCGCCACCUGCACCGGCCAACCCCUCGCCGUCUCCCUCAGGGCCGCGCCGCCCCCGGCGGUGUCCCGCCUGCACCUCCACUGGCCAGAAGGUCUCCGACCGGAGAUGGCGGAGCUGGAUCCGCCGCACGUCAUCGCGGCCCACGGCCACUCCAUACUCUUCCAGGCCUACGUCCCCCACAUCGACCAAUCCCGCCCCCCCUACUACCCCCUCGACUACUUCCUCUACACAGCCUCCGGCGGCCGCCGCUCCCAGUCGCUCAGGCGGCUCCCGCCUUGCUUCGACGGCGGGCAGGUGGACCAGCAAACGGACCAGCUCUUCCAGCCGUACCGGCUCCAGCAGCAGCGGCUGAUGCCCAGCGAACACAUCGGCCUGCUGUGCCGUGGCGACGAGGAUUUCACGGUGGCUGAGCUCUCGUGCACCGGCGAGCUCUGCCUGCUGCACCAUGCGCCUGGGAUGGGAGAGAAACCCAUGCGAUGGGCUGUUCAGAAGCUGCAGAUGCCGAAUUACAACGACGCCCCAGACCUGUUCAGCGAUUCCUGGCAGACAGACGUUGUCAUCCCCUACGGCGAUUCCUCCUUGUGCUGGGUCGAUUGCUACCUUGGAUUGUUCUUUGUCACUGUCCAUGGUGAUCUUACAAGGAAGCCGCACUACGUCCCGAUGCCUGCGGCUCUGGAUCCCCGUCGGCUCUACAUUGACCCAGGGUGCCCUGACCCAGCGCGCCGUGUGUGUGUCACUGACAGCGGCAUGAUAAACCUCAUCUGUAUCAGCGAUCUGGCAGGCCGCAGUGUGCAUGGACGUGAUCAUCACAUUUUCACAAUCACAACAUGGAAUCUGACCGGCAAGGAAUGGCAACUAGAUGCCACCAUUGAAGCUAGCGAGCUCUGGGCCGCUCUUACCUCUGACAAGCGCCUUCCACUGAUCCGGCCAGAGUUUCCUACCAUGAGCUUGGUUGACCACGAUGUCGUCUGCUUCGUGUUGAAUGAUAGGGACAACGUUACCUGGCUGGUUGAGGUCGACCUGAAGAAGAAGGUGCUGGGGGCGGUCACCCUCUAUAUCGACGAAGAAGAAGAAAAGCAAGCAGCAGAAGGAGAAGAACAAACGAAGUUCUGUAGGUUCUCUAGCAACUCCUUCAUCCCCAGCCAGUUCACCAUGUACUUGGAUAAGCGUGACAUCAAAAGUCUGAGUUUCAGCAAGAAAUUGGAGCAAGCAAAACUAAAACGAGGAAUGGAGGAAGCAUGGAUUAAAGACCCAAAGCAAGUAAUGGUUUGAAAUAGCCGUUACCAUCCUAUUUUCAAAAUCACAACAUGGAAUCUGACAUACAGUAAAUGGGAAGAAGGUGUCACCAUGGAAGCUAGCGAGCUUUGGGCUGCUCUUGCCUCUGACAAGCGCCUUCCACUUCUCCGUGGCCAGAUUUUCCUACCACGAGCUUGGUUGAUAAUGAUGUCGAUCUACUUCGUGUAGAAUUAUAGGUACCACAUUUCCUGGCUGGCUGAUUGAGGUGUACCUGAAGAAGAAGAUGCUGGGGUGGUCACCCUCUAUAUCAACAAAGAACAAAGUCAGGCAACCGAAGAAAAAGAGAAGAACAAGCGUACUUGGAUAAAUGUCAGAAUGACGUAUCACGUUUAUGUCUUGGGAGGAUUAUAACGAACACCAUCGAUUAGUCGAUAACGUGAAUUGCAAGGAGAUGAUUAACCUGUUCGUUGGUGUGCCCCUCUUAACGGAGAAGUGUUGCGUAGCUAUUAUGAACUUGCCCAUGGACAUGUUGAUGUCAGUGUCCACCACCAUGUAGCCCAUUGUGCUUCUGCAAGAUUCCUUGAAAAUGGAGUGUAAUCCGGAUACAAAUUGAAACGAACAGACAACAGUCUUGAUAGAAAUCACAUGUUCAUUACAGAAAAUGGUCACUAUGUUACUGAGUUUUUACAAAUUCUAGAUCAACGACCUUUUAUCAUUUUAAGCCCUUCAAGCCUGCAUGUUUCAAGCAAGGACAGUAGACUGCAAGUUUAGAUGCAAGUGCAUCUAAAAAAGUAGACUGCACUUAUUUCUAGCAGCACUUACCUUUCAAGGGAUAGUGUCUAUAUUAUUGAACAGGGACUCUGCUAAAUCAUCAUGAUAUGUGUACGAAGGUAUUUGAUGAAA